AUGAAGAUUUUCAAGACCAAUCUUUCUCUCACUCUUCUUCUUCUUCUGAGUUCCCUCUUAAACCCUGCGGUCUCCGACGAUUCGAGAGGAGAGACGGUGUCUCAGAUAUGCAGCAACAGAACAACGCCGCCGCAGCAGAGAAGUCUCUUCGUAAAAUCUUUCCUCGCCGCCAUGGACUCCAUCUCUCCACUCGUUGAGGCCAAAGGCUACGGACAAGUCUUCAACGGCACCGGAAACUUAACCGUCUACGCUUACGGAGAGUGUAUGAAAGAUCUCGACAAGAAAGAUUGCGCCUUCUGUUUCGCUCAGAUCAAAGCCAAAGUCCCUCGCUGCUUGCCUUUUCAACUCGGCAGACGAGGUGGUCAAGUCUUCUCCGAUGGCUGCUACAUCAGGUACGGCGAUUACAAUUUCUUUAACCAAACGUUAAGCCCGAAAGACGAGACGAUUUGUGCAAACCAAACGUUAACCGGAGUAAACCGGACUCUGUUCCGUGACAACGCUGCGGAAUUGGUGAGGAAGAUGACCGUGGAGGCGGUUAGGAACGGUGGUUUCUAUGCUGGCUUUGUGGAGAGACGUAACGUGACGGUUCAUGGUUUGGCUCAGUGUUGGGAGCCGCUUAGUCGCAGUGGAUGUGUUGAGUGUUUGAGUAAUGCUUCGAGGAAGAUUGGUUCUUGUUUGGAUAGAGAGGAAGGUCGAGUUCUUAACGCUGGUUGUUACAUGAGGUUCUCUACUCAGAAGUUUUACAAUAAUUCUGGAAAUUCAACAUCAGAUGGAAAUGGUGGUGGUGGUCGUAACCGUUUGGCUGUGAUUUUGGCGGUUACUUCUUCGGUUGUGGCUUUUGUUCUUUUGGUCUUUGCUGCUGCUUUCUUGCUUAAGAAGAAACGCGCCAAGAACCAAAGAGAGAAGAAGCAACUAGGGUCACUAUUCAUGCUAGCCAACAAGUCUGAUCUCUGUUUCUCCUAUGAGAAUCUUGAGAAAGCCACUGAUUACUUCAGCGACAAAAACAAGCUAGGACAAGGAGGAUCUGGUUCUGUUUUUAAGGGAGUUCUUACUAAUGGUAAGACUGUGGCGGUGAAGAGACUGUUCUUCAACACAAAGCAAUGGGUGGAUCAUUUCUUCAACGAAGUCAACUUAAUAAGCCAAAUCGAACACAAGAACCUUGUGAAGCUCUUGGGAUGUAGCAUAACAGGACCAGAGAGCCUUUUGGUUUAUGAGUACAUUGCGAAUCAAAGCCUCCACGACUAUCUUUUCGUAAGAAAAGAUGUUCAACCGCUGAAUUGGACGAAGAGAUUCAAGAUUUUACUUGGCACAGCAGAAGGACUGGCGUAUCUUCACGAAGAGUCGAAUCUAAGGAUCAUACAUAGAGACAUUAAGCUGAGCAAUAUCCUUUUGGAACAUGACUUUACCGCGAAAAUCGCUGAUUUCGGAUUGGCUAGAUUGUUCCCUGAGGACAAGACUCAUAUUAGUACAGCCAUCGCCGGUACACUAGGCUACAUGGCGCCAGAGUAUGUGGUACGAGGAAAACUGACUGAGAAAGCAGACGUUUACAGUUUCGGAGUACUUAUGAUUGAAGUUAUUACCGGAAGACGUAACAAUGCCUUCUCACAAGACUCUAGUUCGGUCCUAAAAACGGUAUGGAGUUUGUAUGGAACAAGCAACUUGGCUGAGAUAGUGGAUCCGGUUUUGGGAGAUAAUUUCAACGAGAUCGAAGCGUCAAGGCUUCUUCAGAUAGGGCUGCUCUGCGUACAAGCAGCGUUUGAUCAAAGGCCUGCGAUGUCUGCGGUUGUGAAAAUGAUGAAAGGGAAUUUGGAGAUUCCUACGCCGACGCAGCCGCCGUUUCUGAAUCCAGGGAGUGUUGUAGAGAUGAGAAAGAUGAUGUCUCCUAUGACGGAUUAUCCUCAGCAAGAUCAGUCUCAGUCUUCGGGAUCGAUGAUGAGUAACAACAUCUCUGAUAGUUUCUUCGAACCUAGAUGA